AUGCCAUCGAUCGAGUCUCCAUCCCUACCUCAGCAGGCGCUGGCACCUGCAUCUACUACUAUGCCGACAUCCAACAUGGGCGCUAAACGCGCAUCCAAGCAGAGCCCGAAGAGGUCUCACGAAGAAGUUGAUGAUGACGACGAAGAGCCCGCCUUCGGUACACCGCCUCCCAAACGCGCAGCCAGGAGUACAAGCUCAGCAACAAAAGCCAAGACUACGAAAAAGAAGACGCCUGCUCCAAAGAAGCCUGCGCCUAAAAAGCCGGCUCCGAAGAAAGCAGCAGCCAAGAAGCCUGCGCCCGCAGCAACACCCAGCUCACGCCCCUCGCGCAACCGCAAAGCACCAGAGCGGUUCGAGGAGUUUGAGGAAAAGCCCACUCCCAAGGCUGUCCCGACAAAGAAGGGACCAAGCAAAGUAUUCGAUCCAAUCUACAUCACGACCAACUCCUCCAGCCGCCUAGUCAAAGCAGACAUCUACCACAUGCUUCUUGAAGGACCAGCCUGGACCAGCCUCAGCGCAGAGCAGCAAACUACACUCAUCUCCAUGCUCCCCGAGAAUACCACGCACCAAGCUCUGCUCGCCAAGAUCAGCGCCGGCAACACAGAAGACACACGGCCUUCAGCCUUCACGCUGGCAAACAACUGCUUCCGUACCGAUGUCGCCAAGUUCCAGGAAGAUCUCAAGAACGGUCAUUUGGCCAAGACGUGGCAGGCGGCUGCUGAGCAGGCUGUGAUUGAGCGUGCGGCGGGAGAGUAUGAUGAGUGGAAAGCGGCGGAGGCGGAGUCGUGGUGGGGUCAGAAGAGCAACCCACUGCGACGACACCGCGACGACGCCACGACGCGCACUCCCGCAUCCAUUCGCGACCACCGUGAGAACGAAGACGCCGAAGUUCAGAGAAACAGCCCGAAGGAAAUACACCGCGACCGAACAAGCGAACACCUGCGUGACAAGGUCUCUACCGCAGUCACGCUAUCAGCUACCAACUUCGCGACCGGCGCCAGGACCGCGACAAACACCAUCAAGAAGACCGCAAACACAACAUCAACAGUCAUCGCUUCCGCCACCUCCAACAACACAGCCGCAAAAAUGAACUCUAUCGUCUCGCCAACUCUGUUCAGGAUCGUAAGCGCCGGCUACACUAUCAUGAACAAGGCCAAUUCCGCACUCGAAUAUCGCGCUCUCGAAUACGCAUUGUACUCCGUCAUGACUGUUCGGGGCACUGCUAUCACAUGGCGCGUUAUUAACUGGCUUCAUAUUAAGCUUAAGACGAAUGUUGGUCUACGGAAAGAGCUGGAAGUUGCGAAGAAGCAGCAGAAGGAACAUGAGAUGAGGGAGAAGGCGAGGUCUGAUCGAGCGCGUCGGACUACACAGGUCGACGAGGUACCAGACUUUGCGACACCUGUGCGCGAAGAGCCUACACAAACACCAGACGUGGUCCGCAAACUACAGGAGGCACUCAAGGACGCGACCGAGCGCCUGAGACGCAGCAACGCGCAGGUCAAAGAGCUCCAGCAGUCUACGAGCAAGCCUGCGCACCCGAGUAGAAUGUCCACCUCGUCUCACAACUCAUCAACUCCAAAGCGAGAUGCACUGGAGGAUAUGGGGCAUCAACUUCGGGCGGCGCGGCAAGAGGCUGUAGACGCCAAGAUGGAAGCUGAAUCCAAGGACGAGCAGCUACGGCUGGUGCGAAAAGAGGCCGAUGGGGCUAAAGCCAGAGUCGCUUCGCUACUAGCUUCUCAUGGUCAAGAGCCUCAGGCAGUAUCGGAAGAGAUGGAGGCGGUUGAAGCUCAAGUGGCUUCCCUGAAGGCCGAGCUGGAAGCUGCACGACAAGAAACGCAGACGGUUAACGUGGAACUCCUCUCAGUCAAGGAGCAAUUGGGUUGUGCGAACAAAGCCAUUAAAACCGCUGGAUCUGGCUUGGCCCAGGUGAAAGAACUCGUGGGAAGAGUCCAAGAAGAGAAGGAUGAGGCAGAAGCCAACGCCGCAUCUCUUAGUAUGCAGUUAGCAGCGUCUCGAGAAGAAGAAGAGAAGGGCAGAGCCGAUGCAGCUUCGAUGGAGAGAGACUUCCACGAGGUGCGACUACAGCAUAGUCGGGAAGUCGCCGCGCUCAAGGAGCAGGUCAAGGAGUGGGAAGGCAUUGCUGCGGAGGCGAAGCAGAUCAAAGAUGCUGUGCAGACCGCUCUUAAUGACGAGAAUGAAGAGCUCAAAGAGCAGCUGAAGAAGGAUGGUACUCGUCGCGAGGCAUUGGAGACGGAGGUCAAGAAGCUGGAGUCGGAGAUCGACGGUGCGAAAGCUACAGAGAUGGCUGCGCCCGCGGCGAAGUCGCUCACUCCAUCUGAGACGCAGAACCCACCGAGCGCGAUCUCUUCCAACCAUCCUAUCGAUACUCAGCCACGUCUCGUCUCCGUCGCCGGACUCACAAGCCCAUCAACACCCAUUCCCACGGCAUUAUCAGGCCCCACAACCACUCCCGAUACCUCGACGCCAAAGGACCACAAGAAACUCACCGCAGACUGGAAUGCUAGGACAAUCACACUCCCAGCAUACAUCGAAGGUUUAGAUGCGUUGAAGCGGAAGUCUGAUGAUGAGGCAGAGACACCCAGACCGGUCAAGCAGCUUCGGCUUAGCGGCGAGAACACAGAGCUUCCCGUCGGAAACUUACUCACGCCCGGUGGUGGGCCGGCAUUCAAGUUCGCCGUACAAGAACCAGGCCAAGAAGAACAGGGAGAAGACGAUGGUGACGCUUCUGAUAUCGAAGACUUCUGGAGUUCUUUUGAGGGUGACGCGGACAACUCAGGCACUUUCACAUACGGCUUGGGCGACGAAGUUGGCGCUGAGGUAGCAGCUCUUCCCGAGCAAGACGCAGAACAGGGCGAGACCAACACUCAUGGCGAUACUCUCGUUAUUGACGGCGAUACCAUCAUCGAUGAAAGCGACCACAGCAACGACGAUCUCUAUGCCAUGCCUUCGCCGAGUCCAAACGAGCAGCCGCCUCAGGCUACCACCGAUAUCUCCGGCAUCGAAAUCCCCGAUAUCGACAUCCCCGCCAUCGAGCUGACUCCAACUACCAAGCGGAAGAUCAACGUCGACGACGAAGAAGGUUCACCUAAGCCAUCUCAGGUCCCGAGGACUAAGGAGGACCUUGGCGAUGAGCAGACUCUGGCUUUGGAGAACAUGACUCCGAUUGUCGUUAAUGGCAAGCCCGCUAUCGUUUUUACCCCGGCUACGAAGCGGCUCUUCACAGAAGAUGACGGUGAAGAGCCGCCUCCGUCGUCGCAGAUGCCACCUAGAUCGUUGUCAUCAAAAGUGCAGAGGACGAAGGUAGACCUUGGUGAUGAGCAGACUCCGACUCUGGACGAGUUGGUGACAGAGAACGUCGUGGGUGCGUCUCGCGGAGGAAACGAGACGACCGAAGUCAGCAGUCCAUCCCAGGUUCCAGCCGAGAACGACGAUGCUCCACCGGAAGCACAUCCCGCGUCGACCGAGCCAGCAGGCCCAAAUAACAACAAUACCACAGCCCCCAACACCGACGCAACAAACGUAUCCACCACCGCUAGUCUCGCGCCCCCGGCUCCACCGCAGGCACCCAACAACAGGCGCACGCGCAAUGCCGGGAAACCCGUCGGAUCUCUCAACGAGAACGUGUUGAGUAAGAUGGCGGCGUCGCCGAUGAAGGAGGAGAAAGAGACAGAUGCAGAGAAGGCGAAUGGAAGGGGCAAGUCUCCCGUCAAGUCGACAAAGUCGCCGGCAAAGAAGACGGUCAAGUCUCCGGCAAAGGCACCGGAGAGAUCGCGAGCGAGCAGGAGCCCGUCUAAGUCAAGGGCGGAUAGGCGAUAG